AUUAACCUCCUCUCUCUCUUUCUCUCUCAUCCCUAAACAUUCCAAGCAUUAAUAUCUCGCCCCCCUCGUCCGCUACAGAAAGCCAAGAUGGUUAAGAGAGAUGGGUCACUCCCACCCACUGAUUCUCUCAAUCAUAACACCCCCACUCUCUCUCUCUCUCUCUCUCUCCCUCUCUCUCUCUCUCUCUCUCAUAAAUCCACAAUCCACCUUUACCAUAAACCAUCUUUUCUUUCUUUCUUGACAUAUCACAAAAAACCACUACAUCCACUCCCCACUUCACUCCGACCAGACCAGUCCCAUCCUCACCCUCCUCUUAUUGAGGUUAGUGUUCCAUGCAGCAGCUUAUUUACAAUUGUCACAGUGAGAUGUGGGCAUUGUGGAAAUCUGCUGUCCGUCAAUAUGGAAGCUGCUUCACUUCAAACGGUUCCUCCUCAAGAUCCCCAGUUGCAGAAACAGAUUUCGAGCUCAGAAAAUCCGGUUAAGGAGUAUGGAUCAUCUUCCAAGUGUAACAAGCAUGCAAAUUUAUUGGAAUCUGUCGACCAUGAACAACCAGCAAGGUCAUCUCCGAUUCGCCCUCCAGAGAAGAGACAACGGGUUCCCUCCGCAUACAACAGGUUUAUUAAGGAGGAAAUUCAAAGGAUUAAAGCUAGUAAUCCAGACAUUAGUCACAGGGAAGCUUUUAGCACAGCAGCAAAAAAUUGGGCACAUUUUCCUCACAUCCACUUUGGGCUAAAGCUCGAUGGUACCAAGAAUAAACAAGCAAAGUUGGACCAAACAAUCCCUGGAGAUCAUCAGGGAACUCAUCAAGCAGCCAAUGGAUUCCACUGAUCAGAAAUACAUGGUACUUCUGUGAAUAUACAUGAUCAGCUAUUAUAUAUAUAGUUUUUCAAUGUACUAGUAAUUGAAUAAUAUAUAUAUAUAUAUAUUUGUAACUAUACAAAUUUGGAAAAUUAUGAGGUUGAUGACAUUUCCUAACUAUUUAGGAAGGCGUCUUUAACACCUUUAUUAUUACCUUUUCAAGUACGAGUGCUUUUCCUUUUCAACUUUGUUUUGUUUUACAAGUAAUUGC